AUGGAGAAGAAGCACGAUGGAGAAGAAGCGAGAGAACUGGUUGAGAAGAAGGGAGAACUGGUGGAUCAGAAGCGAGAGAACUGGUGUGGAGGAACAAUAAGGUAAGUAGGGGGGGGAGUAGGGAACCAGAAAAAUUGCUUUAGUCUAGAAUAAGGUCAGCGUGGGUCUAUCACUAUUUUUCGGUCAAUCUUUUUGUUACUUAAAACUUUUUUUCAUUUUUUUGUAAAAAAAAUGAUUUUUGGCUGGAAAAAUUUUUAUUUUUUUGCUCCAAAAAAUUUUUUUUCACUUUAAAACUUUCAAAAACCGAUAGACCCACGAUGAUUGAGUAUACACUGCUCCAAGGGCUGAGUAUCUCAAGGAAAAACGACCGAAAGUCCAGACUUUAGCGAGACUUCUGAAGUCGCUGAGCGCGGGGAGCGGGUGGUGCGUGUUCCAAAAACCAAUUGUGUCUUUGGUCUGCCUAUACCUCCAAAACCCAUGUCUUGAUCUCGGCAAAGGUGUCCUUGGCGCUGCCUUCAGAAAGCAGCUUAAUACACCGUCUGUGCCGGAUGUGUAG